CUUCAGUAAGAUAAGGGCACUAAAUAGGAAGACCACUAUUAUGUUACGACUUUCAACAAUUGACAAAAUGGUUUUAUUGUUCAUUUCUCUGGCUAUUUUGCAUGUCCAAGGAGUGAUAGGGACGGACUGCCCGGACGGGUUUGAAGGUCAUCAUGGUACUUGUUACUUCUUUAGUCACGGCGAAGAAACUUGGACAGGUGCCUAUGAAUCUUGUAAAAUAUUUGGCUCAAUGCUCGUUGAAAUAAAUUCGGCAGACGAAGAUUUGUACCUUUCCAAUAAAGCCAGGAGUCUCGGAAAUUAUUAUUGGAUCGGCCUUACUGAUAAGCGUGUGGAAGGAGAAUAUGAAUGGGAAACAAGUCGAGAACUUCUCACAGAUGUUGGAUACACCAACUGGGGAAAUUCCGAGCCGGAUAACAUAGGCAAAGAAAACUGCGUGUUUUACGCAUCUUCCAGGAAUUACAAGUGGGCUGAUGCGGAGUGUACGAGGACUGAGAACUACAUUUGUGAAAAGGGACCUGUUGGCAACGUGAACAUUAUUGGAUAAGCUAGUAAUCUAAGUAUGAAAUGUUCUUAUGCUAAUAAGCUGUAUUAAAACUUCAAACUUUCUC